AUGUUUAAGCGUUCUCAGGGUGCCCUACUCCGCCAAUUCAGCCGUUCUUAUAUCACCCCAUCGUUAGAUCACUUAACUCAAGGCUCUCCGUUAGCUGGAUUGUUCUCAUCGCGAGGUUUACAAAAUGCUUGGUUUGAUAGAGCUGAUCUUUAUACCAAUAAGUUGAACAAAUUCACAAAUCAGUCUGAGGAGACUCCAUUGGAAACUUUGAUAUAUGAAAAUGCACAAUCUGGUGUCAAACGUCAUGUAGUGAAUUACGCUUCGCUACUGUUCAAUUUAAGAUUCGCACUCUCAUGCUUGCGAGGUUGUUCCCAGCCACUGCCUAACAGUAACGACUAUGACUCCAGCGAAUUGCUCAACACACCAGACCUUUCUUUGAAAUAUUCCAAUGAGCCAUUGUCCAAUGGUAACAAUGCUUUACACAACGCUAUAGUGUCAUCAUUUGGGUCCGUAGUAGAGUUCAGGUCAUUGCUGUUGAAUUCAAAUGCCGCAAUCUCUGGCGAUGGGUUUACCUGGCUAGUGGCAAGAAGAUCUUCCAACAGUGAUACAGAUACUCAGAUCGUUUUUGAUAAAUUGUUCAUUUUAAACACUUACAACGCUGGUACUCCUUUUAAUUUCAACCACAGUGGUCAUCUAAAUGAUUUGAAAUUGCAAUACUCAAAGAACGCACCUCAGUUGGAAAACAUCCCGGAAGAAUCGACAUUUUCCAUGUCCAAAUCAGUCGAAGAGGCAAAACAAACGGAGGCAUACAAGAAAGUAUCUUACAUACCACUACUGGCUAUCGACGCAUCACCAAAGGCCUGGCUACAUGACUACGGUAUCUUUGGUAAGCAGAGAUAUUUGGAUCGCGUAUGGGAAUCUAUCGAGUGGAAUGUUGUCGAGUCUAGAUUACCGAAACAAGCCGUUUCCUAUGGACUUUUCUGA